CGCAGGCGCAGUGCCCGCGUCUGGCGCCCCUUUCCUUGCUGGUCGCCCCUGGCAGUCCAGGCUGCAGUGGUCCCCACCGAGCGUGCGGUGGCCUCAGCUGGCUAGGGAGGCCAAACCGGGAGCGCGGCUCGGGGAGAGUCCGCUAGAGCCCAGGGAUCAUCCGCUUUGCCGUGACUUGCAGGAGACAGUACACAAUUUCUGGAGUCUCACAGCACACCUCGUCUUUCUCGCCUCAGUGACAAAACACACGGCAGUAUCACUACACAACUUUACUGGACUUCUCACCUUAAGAACCUGAGGAACGAAAGAAAAUACUUGCUGAAUUUAUCUGAAGAAAUGGAUAAUUCUCCAUCCAAAAAAUAUCCAGUUAAAAAACGGGUGAAAAUCCAUCCCAACACAGUUAUGGUGAAAUAUACCUCUCAUUAUCCCCAACCUGGAGAAGACGGGUAUGAAGAGAUCAAUGAAGACUAUGGCAGAUUCAUGGAGGAGAAUCCGAAGAGAAGUCUGCUGAGUGAGAUGAAGAGAAAAGGAAGAACUUUGUUUGGAACCAUGGACCCUCAGCCUCCACUAGCAGACGACUCAAGAGGCAGUGGGAUGGCACAAUUCCAGAGCUUUGCAGAAAAAAACAUUUUUCAGUCCCGAAAAAUGUGGAUAGUGCUGUUUGGCUCUGCCCUGGCCCAUGGAUGUGUGGCUCUCAUCACUCGGCUUGUGUCUGACCGCUCCAAAGUUCCAUCUCUAGAACUGAUCUUUAUCCGUUCUGUGUUGCAGGUCUUAUCAGUGUUAGUUGUGUGUUAUUACCAGGAAGCUCCUUUUGGACCCAGCGGAUACAGACUACGACUUUUCUUUUACGGUGUAUGCAAUGUGAUUUCUAUCACCUGUGCUUACACCUCCUUUUCAAUAGUUCCUCCCAGCAACGGGACCACGAUGUGGAGAGCCACAACCACAGUCUUCAGUGCUGUUCUAGCGUUUCUACUUGUGGAUGAGAAAAUGGCUUAUGUUGACAUGGCCACAGUGGUUUGCAGUAUCUUAGGGGUUUGUCUCGUCAUGAUCCCCAACAUCGUUGACGAAGACAACUCUUUGCUAAACGCCUGGAAAGAAGCCUUUGGGUACACUAUGACUGUGAUGGCCGGACUGACCACUGCCCUUUCGAUGAUAGUGUACAGAUCCAUCAGGGAGAAGAUCAGCAUGUGGACUGCACUGUUCACCUUUGGAUGGACUGGGACAAUCUGGGGAGUAUCUACUAUGUUUGUCCUUCAAGAACCUAUUAUCCCUUUAGAUGGAGAGACAUGGAGCUAUCUCAUUGCUAUAUGUAUCUGUUCUACUGUAGCAUUCUUAGGAGUUUAUUAUGCCUUAGACAAAUUCCACCCAGCUUUGGUCAGCACAGUACAGCAUCUGGAGAUUGUGGUAGCUAUGGUCUUACAGCUUCUAGUGCUACACAUAUUUCCUAGUGUUUAUGAUGUUUUUGGAGGGGUGAUCAUUAUGAUUAGUGUAUUCGUCCUUGCUGGCUAUAAACUGUACUGGAGGAAUGUAAGGAGGGAAGAUUAUCAGGAAAUACUGGACUCUCCCAUUAAAUGAACACCUAGUUAUUAUUAUCUUAUUAAUGUCUAGUUAUUAACAUGUACAUUGCCCUUUUAAUAUUUACCUGUAGAUGUCUUUUAUGUUAUGUAAUUGAUAGAGUGCUAUAUAGUAUAAAUAAUUAUGCAGACGCAGGAAGAUAUUCCAGACCAAUAUAUUAAAGCAUAAAUAUUAAAUAGAUGAAAUAUGUCUUGAACUUUGUGUAUUUAUAAUUAUUAAUGAAAGUAAUUGUGGUAGAAGGGUAUCAUUCUCCAUCACCAAAGACACAAGACUAGGAGUCUCCAAUUGAAUUUUUGAGGUUAUAAACUUCUUUUUUAAUUUUAUAAUUUAUUUUAGGUUAUAAACUUCUAAAACUUGAAAAAUGUUUUUGUUUUGUUUUGAGAAAGGGUCUUUCUGUGAAGUCCUGGCUGUCCUGGAAUUUGCUAUGUAGAUCAGACUGGUCUUGAACUCACAGAGAGUUGUCUGCCUCU